UUUUCUUAAUGUGGGGUUUGCUUUUUACAGAUGACUUACAAGAUGUAAUAGAGAGAGCUGUCCGGAUUGGUGUUAAAAAGUUUAUGAUUACAGGUGGAAAUCUGCAGGACAGUAAAGAGGCACUGCAUUUGGCACAAACAAAUGAUAUGUUUUUCAGUACAGUUGGAUGUCAUCCUACAAGAUGUGAUGAAUUUGAAAAGAAUGAUCCUGAUCUUUACUUAACGGAGUUGUUAAAUCUUGCUGAAAACAAUAAGGGGAAAGUUGUAGCAGUAGGGGAGUGUGGACUGGAUUUCGACCGACUACAGUUCUGUCCCAAAGAUACUCAGCUCAAAUAUUUUGAAAAACAGUUUGAACUGGCAGAACAAACAAAAUUACCAAUGUUUCUUCACUGUAGGAACUCACAUGCUGAAUUUUUGGACAUAAUGAAAAGAAACAGAGACCGGUGUGUGGGGGGAGUGGUGCAUUCAUUUGAUGGUACGAAGGAAGCAGCAGCUGCCUUGACUGACUUGGAUCUCUACAUAGGAUUUAAUGGCUGCUCACUGAAAACUGAGGCUAAUUUGGAAGUUCUGAAGUCAAUACCUAGUGAAAAACUAAUGAUUGAAACUGACGCACCUUGGUGUGGAGUGAAAAGUACACAUGCUGGAUCAAAAUACGUAAAAACUUCAUUUCCUACCAAAAAGAAGUGGGAAAAUGGGCACUGCGUAAAAGACAGGAAUGAGCCCUGCCAUAUAAUUCAAAUACUGGAGAUAAUGUCAGCAGUGAGAGAGCAGGAUCCAUUGGAAUUAGCCAAUACACUAUAUAACAACACCAUUAAAAUAUUUUUUUCCUGAUGGUAUGUUCUUUCCAUUUCCCAUCAUUUAUGUAAAAUUUCAUGGUAAAACUUACUGAAAGAUUGAAUAAAGGAAUUCUCUGGAA